CAGCGCUGUGCAGGAAGGUCUUGUAAUGCGAGGGGCCACAUUGCUUGCGAGGUGCUUGCAGGGAGGAGGAUGAUGACCAUGAACGGCAAGCAGCAUUUCUCCAUGCACCCGGCUCUGCACGAGCCCAAGUAUCCCGGCCUGCACUCAGGCUCGGAGGGCAUGCGCAGAGUCUGUCUGCCCGCCCCGCAGCUGCAGGGCAAUAUAUUCGGAGGCUUUGAUGAGAGCCUGCUGGCACGGGCAGAGGCUCUGGCGGCUGCUGACAGCAUUGUCUCUCACGGCAAGAAUCACCCGUUCAAACCAGACGUGACUUACCAUACCAUGAGCAGUGUCCCCUGCACCUCAGCCUCCUCUUCCUCCUCCACCACCGUGCCCAUCUCCCACGUGCCCUCCACCAUCGCCUCCCACCACCAUCACCACCACCACCACCUCGGACAGACCCUGGAGGCCGGGGACCUCCUGGACCACCUCUCCUCCAGCCUGGCCGUGACCGGGAUGGGUGCUCCGGAGCCUCCCGGGAUGACCACGUCGGCGCACCACCACCAGCACCCUCACCACCACCUGCAGACCAUGGGGCAACUGCACCAGGCGAUGGCCAACAUGGCCCACCCUCACUCCCUGUCAGUGCACGGCGGCAUGGCGUGCAUCAACGACGUGGAGUCGGAUCCCAGGGAGCUGGAAGCCUUUGCUGAGCGGUUCAAGCAGAGGAGGAUCAAACUCGGAGUGACCCAGGCGGACGUCGGGUCGGCACUGGCCAACCUCAAGAUCCCCGGAGUGGGGUCUUUGAGCCAGAGCACCAUCUGCAGGUUCGAGUCCCUCACUUUGUCUCACAACAACAUGAUAGCGCUCAAGCCGGUUCUCCAGGCCUGGCUCGAGGAAGCAGAGGCUGCGUACCGGGAGAAAAGCAGCAAGCCGGACCUUUUCAACGGGAACGAGAGGAAAAGAAAGCGCACCUCCAUCGCCGCGCCGGAGAAGCGCUCUUUGGAGGCGUACUUUGCCAUCCAGCCUCGGCCCUCCUCGGAAAAAAUUGCGGCCAUCGCCGAAAAACUGGACCUGAAAAAGAAUGUGGUCCGAGUGUGGUUUUGCAACCAGAGGCAAAAACAGAAACGAAUGAAGUACUCUGCGGUGCACUGAGUUUCACACAUCAUGAAUAAAAUAGCCUACUACAUUUUUGAUCGAGUGAUUAAUAAUAGCCUAAGUAGCCUAACUAACAGGGAUUUAUCAACAGCUGUUCACGUCUCAUCUGGGAUUAUCUCCAAAAAGACUUUAAUUUUUCAUUUCGUGUCACUCACUCUUCGUUGUUGCACUUUUUUCGAUUUUGUUAUCAAUGUGGGACUCAUAAAUGAUUGUGUUCUAUCUGUGAGGAGGGUGAUUUUGAUGUUGUUGAUCAAGUAUCUUGCGCACACUAAAUAUGAACUUUCAGUAAAUCCACCCUGACAGUUUGUCACAUACAGGGACUUUAAUUCACUUAUUUUUUUUUAUUUUAUCCAUGAAAUGGAGUUUAGUUGUUGUUUACGGGCUGUUUAAUUGUCAGCGGUGUUAAACUGAUGCUGUAUGAAGAUUUUAAAAGAGAAAGAAAUGAAGAUUUCAGGACAAGAUAAUGGAUUUUUUUUGUAAUGCUGGUUGAGUUUAUCCUCCGCAUCACUGGCUCACAUGUGCAGAAGUAGCCUACACCAUCUUGAACUGUGUUCUCCUUUUUUUUUUUUUUUUUUUUAAUGAAUUCGGACUAAUGAGGGGAUCAAAAAUUCACCUUUUUAAACCACCAUUUUGUUUUGCAAACAAACCUGCUCUCUUCGUGAACUGUGAUGGUCAUUAACGUACAGAUAUGAAUAAUUAUUAUACAGUAAUGUAAUUGCACAAGGUAUGACGCACUAAGUCUGUUUAUCUUCAAUUAUUUAGAGAUGGAAAUGACACCGUCAUAUAUGAGGCACAUCCGUGUGGCUUUGGCUGCUGCUAUUUUAAUAUUUUGAUGUGAACAUGUUUUGGAGCAUUACAGGUGAGCUAUAGACCUAUAUCGAUUAUGUAGACCAAUAUAUAUACAGUAUCACCUAAAUUAAGUAUUUAUUUUUUCCUCACUCUUGAUUUCACUUGGGAAAAAAAACGUGUGAAGUUUAAACUUAAUAAAUGGUUAUUUUCUAAAAACAAUAUAUUUAAAAAAAAUCCUGAGGCCGCGAUGUUAUUUUUGUGCUUUAUUAAGUUCAUCUUGAGGCCUAUACAUGCUUAAUGUACAUUGUUUUACGACAGACAAACAAACAGCAACAGAACUGAUUUCCUUUCUACACGUCCUGAGCUGCACCAAUGGGCGAUAUAUUCUUGGUUUGUUUUAUGGGAACUCGCCUGACUAUUUUAUUUAUGACUCCCUAAAGCUCUGCUGGGAUUAAAUAUGUAUUGUCGUACAUGAUAUAAGCGCCACAGAAAAAAAUAAAGGCAUCUAUUUUCACACCGCGGGGGGCAGAAUGUGCGUCCUCUACACGCUGCUAAUGGCCCCUCUUCCUCCUCUGAUUAGUGCGCUUUUAAUUAUGGACGCCCUCAUGUCACCGGGUUAUGGCGUGCAUUGGGUUUGAAAUUAUUAAGUAAUGACGAUGCAAUAUUAAUUAUAUAUUGGUAUAAAAUGAAGUAAUGUGGAGGAGUUGGGAGUAGAAGUCUGACUGGGAACUCUAGGGAGAGACGCACAGGUUCACCGAGGAAGCAGGGACAUGAAAGUAGCCUAGUUUAUUUUUUUUACUUGCUUGACUAAGUAAGUAUUUCCCCCCUUUCUUAACGUAAUUAUUAUUUUGUUUUAAGCAGAUAGGGGAACCAUUUCACUAACUUAUGAUUCAUUUCCCAUAGCCAACAGUGCUAUUAUUAUUAUUAUGGUUGUUGUUGUGGUUAAAUGUAAGUGCGACUCUUCAUUGCAUUUGACGUAUUUUUCCACGUAUUUCAAUAAACCUUCUCUUGGCAGACUUAAUUCAAAUUGCUUAACUUAAAUCAAAUUUGACUUCUAAUUCCUGAUUUAUCAUCUGGUAGUUUUCGUUCCCAACAAUGGUCACUUUCUCCCUAAUAUUAAUCAAACAUUUCUGAAAUAAUAAUAAUGAUACUACAUUUAGGCUACUAAUAUAAUAAUUAAAAGCUUCCUCCGGAACCCUCCCAGGGCCAACAUGCGGGUGUGUGCUGUUCCCAGUGAGAUGUUUCAGCCAGGGGAUCAAUACUUGGCAAUUACGCGGAAACGUUUGUGGCUCAUAUUAAUAUAUUCUCUUUGAUGCGGAGUUGGGAUUAAUCACAGUCUGUAAUUAAUGGUAGUAAAUAUGAUUUAUUUAAGGGGAAGCCAGGAUAAAAUGCAAAUGUUAAUUGUUGUCAUUAAUAUGCCUCUUUCCAAAUUGUGUCACAUAUCUGUUUGGAAAUGUUUUACAUGUUUCAGCUGAUGUUUCGUGAUUAAAUGUCAUCAAACCCUCUAAGAAUGAGAACGAUUAGGCCUCAAACAUC